GCGGAGCCGAGAGCAGAGCAGCCGGAGGAUGGAGAGUCGGGACGAGCUGCUGAGCACAGAACCAGCCGUACUCUUCUUCUGAAGCCCUGCCUCCGAGCGCUGGACCUAGAGGACGCACUUUGGACUCGGGUCUCGUAUUUGCCGCGUGUAUUUCGCCUCGGACUACUUCAGGUCGAAGGUCAUGGGCAGCCUGGGUGUUUGGGCUGUGGCUGUGGUCGCUCUCAUGAGCACCUCCGGACGCUGGCUGGUGGACGGUCACAAGAGCAGCAGGCGAGGGAACGGAGACUCAGCAGGGACGAUGCGCACCUCGUCCGAGGAGCGUCACUCCACGGAGAAGGGGAAAGCUGACUGGAGCAUCGAUCACUCACAAUCCGACCCAGACGGAGGAGCGUGUCGGAAGACCUACUGCGGACGAGGUCGGCAGUGUGUGCUGAUGGCAGCCAGCGGGCGCGCCGAGUGUAUUUGUCAGGAGAAGUGCCGGCCAUCCUUCGUUCCCGUGUGCGGAUCGGAUGGACGGUUCUACGAGAACCACUGCGAGGUUUACAGAACCGCUUGCUUGGAGAGGAGGCGGAUCUAUGUGGUGCACAGCAAGGACUGCUUCUUCAAAGGAAAUGCCUGCACCAUGUCAGAGUACAACCGCCUGAAGAACCUGCUUCUGGAUAUGAAACCGAGAGUGGACCGCGAGGGGGAGCAGAGCAAGCAGAGGGACAUGGAGGAGAAGAGGGCGCUGGUGGACACCAUGUUCAAGUACCUGGAUGUGAACCUGGAUGGACGGCUGGUCAGCGAGGAGCUGGAAAAGAUAUCGAUGAAGGAACAUUUGGAGGAGAGUCUGCUGGAGUGCACCAUGCAGGACCUGCUGCGUUACGACGACUACAACAACGACGGACACCUCACCCUUCACGAGUUCUACACGGCCUUCCAGGUGGUCCAGCUGAGCCUGGCGGAAGACCAGCGGAUCAGCAUCUCCACGGUGACGGUGGGCCUCAGUGCGGUUCUCACCUGUGCCAUCCAGGGGACCCUGCGGCCGCCCAUCAUCUGGAAAAGAAACGGGAUCAUACUGAACUUUCUGGACCUCGAGGACAUUAAUGACUUUGGAGACGACGGCUCCUUGUACAUCACCAAGGUGACGACCAUCCACAUGGGGAACUACAGUUGCCAUGCUUACGGCUACGAAGAUCUAUACCAGACGCACGUGCUGCAAGUGAACGUCCCUCCGGUGAUCCUGGUCUACCCAGAGACUCAGGCCCAGGAGCCCGGCGUGUCUGCCAGCCUGCACUGUCACGCCGACGGCAUCCCCAACCCCAAGCUCCUCUGGCUGAAGAACGGCAUGGAUCUGCAGCCGCACUCCUCCAAGCAGAUUUCUUUUUUAGCGAAUGGCAGCGAGCUCUUCAUCGGCAGCGUGAGGUAUGAGGACACAGGAGCGUACACGUGCAUCGCCAAGAACGAAGUUGGAGUGGACGAAGACAUCUCGUCCUUGUUUGUGGAAGACUCGGCCAAGAAAACAUUGGCAAACAUUCUGUGGCGAGAAGAAGGUCUGAGCGUGGGGAACAUGUUCUAUGUCUUCUCUGAUGAAGGCAUCACUGUCCUCCAGCCUGGCGAGUGUGAGAUUCGGAGACACAUCAAACGGACGGAGAGGAUCGUCGCCACAUAUGAGGAGAUGUGCCCCAAAGGUGAGGGGGUGUCGCCGCAGCGCUGCGUGUGGUCCUCCGCCGUCAACAUCAGAGACAAGUACAUCUACGUGACUCAGCCUCUCCAGAGCCGACUGCUGGUGGUGGAUAUUCAGGCGCAGCGGGUGGUGCAGGCGGUGACGACCGACCCGUUUCCGGUGAAGAUGCUCUACGACAAGUCACAUGACCAAGUGUGGGUUCUGACUUGGGGCGACAUGAACAGAUCGCAUCCGACACUGCAGGUGAUUCCUCAGGCCAGUGUGGGAGAGGUCCACCACACCGUCCGCACGACCUUCCAGAGAGUCAGCGACUUCUUCAUCCCUCCGACCAACCUCAUCAUCACUCACGUCAGGUUUGCUUUCGUCUUCCUCAAAAACGAGCCUGCGAUCCACAAGAUUGACCUGGAGACCUUCCAGCGAGUCAAGACAAUCAGCCUGAAGAACUCCAGCUGCGUGCCGGUCAGCAUGGCGUACACGCACCUCAGCGGCUUCUACUUCGUUCAGUGUCAGAGCAAGAGCCACCUGGAGGCCCAACCGCAGUUGCUCAUCGACAGUGUGACGGACACCGUGAUCGGGCAGAACCUCAACGUUACAGGACGGGCUUUCGUGUCGCCCAACGGCCGCUACGUUGUCACCCCCGACCCCCGGAGCUCAAAGCUGGUAGUACAGACAGUGUCCUUCCAGGGGGAGCUGGGUUUGAACCAGGAGCUGGACAACCCUGUAGCAGUGGCCGAUCUGGUUUUCCAGCGCUCCUUCACAGAGUCCAACCAGCACGUGGUGGUGGCCACGUCGGGCUCAGGCACGGACCUGCUCUUUGCCGACUUGUCCUCGGGUCACGCUGAGGUUCUCCGGAGCCUAAAGGAGCCGCUUCACAGCUGGCCCUGGAGCGGCCCCAACAGAGUGGUGGUCUCCAGCGGCAUGUUCGGACAGUACCUGGUCACGCCGUCAGCCGAGUCCCUCUUCAUCCUCAACGGCCAGCAGAGAACGCCGCACUGCGAGGUGUCAGACAUCAAGCGGGGGAACACAAUUGUCUGGGUGGGCGAAGUAUGAGUAAGUAACCGUGUGCACCGUUAGAACAGGACAAUAUCAGGCCCAAGUAAUUAUCUAAAGAUUCAUGUGAAGUAAAAGUUGUGGACUCAACCCUGGAACUGAGCGAGCGCGAGAUCCCCGACUGGGUCCAAUGUAAGAAAACACUUCAAAAUAGAAUAACCAAGAAAACAAAAGACACCCUGUUGUGAUAUGUCCCUUGGGAGAAAGUGUCAAUGGCGUCCAGUGCAACCGUGAUCGACCUGCACUUCCAGAAUUAUUGCACUUCCUUCCACGUGUAUCACAGCAACAAUGGGUUACGAACAAACGACGAACUAUGCACAAUGCUCACUUUUUUUAGAGUCAAAAGCUUUCUGAUUUUGGUUUUCCUCUCAACGUUUGUCACCAGUGCUGCAUAUAAUCACCACCGAUGUCCGUCCGUCCGUCCUGUUCCCCUUUUAGUGUCCGUGCGUGUCCCCAGUAUAAACAGCUGUAUCCUCCUGCUGAAAGCUUUCGUUCGACCCCGGAGUUACGCACAUGAGCAGCACCCAUUUACACCGUCUAUCCAAAGAGCCCGAUUGGUCCAUUCCACAUCGACCACUGCAGAUACAAACCUGUGAUCUCUGGCAGCGCCGCACUCCACCUCCUGUUGUCGUCCGUACCGCUACGCUAAUUCCCAGUCUGGUUCACGCAGUUCUAAAGGGAUCCACGUCACUGACCGGCUGUGAGCAUUUGUCCCCAAACAUUAUAGAUAUAUAUCAGUGUUUAAAGCUAAAUUAAAAUGCUUUACUUCUCGUAAAUAUUUUUUUACUUCUUAUGUUGCCGUUAAUGAUGACUGAUUUCUUUGACACCACAAGUCAAACUGAAGGCCCGCGGGCCACAUUCAGCCCGCCGAGCCGUUUCCUGUGGUCCGUGUGCACGUGGACAUCAUCGCCAAAACAAUAAGUUCAAAAUUACAGUUGGUGUUCAGCAAGCAAACGUGUAUUAGCAUGUGGUAGCGAUGAGACAGUGCCCUGAUUUUCGGAGGACACCAGAUGGCACUGUCUGCUGUAAAACGUUUGUACUAGACCAUCUACAGGUAAUUUGAUGAAACCUCACAUCAAAGGACAUUUAACUUAAUCAUUCCUAAACCAAGAGCGCCAUCUUGAAGAUGCCUCAUCUACCCAUCACUAGCAGCUGGUAUAGCACUUAACUCCCUGUUAGCGACUGCUAGCUAUAGCCUUUUGAAUGCAAUACUUGGUCUGUCUUUAAAACUGAGGUCUAAAGUUUUCACUAUCACACGCUGUUAGACUUGUCUUUGUCUCUUUGUAGAGUGAAUGAAGACUUAUCUACGAAAAGUUUUUGCGUACUGAAAUGAGGGCAAAUUCAUAGCACACUCUUGAACUAAAACAGAAAAUAUCAGGAAAACACAAGGGUUUGUGUUUUUUAAGAUGCAACACAGCAUGUGCGCUUCAGUAAGCCCUUUUUAUGCACUUAAAUUUCAUAUUUUUGUUUUUAUCAUUUGGCUCCUCCCAGUGCAUGGCAGCCAUUACUGUUGAGUUUUUUUUAAAUCCAGUUUUUCAGAAGAGUCGAGGGCCUUCAACCUCCGAUUCUUACAGGUCAAUUGAAUUUACGCCUGACUCUGAUUCAUCCCUGUAACACCGGGUGUCCGGAUCCUUCCCAUUCUAGCAGCAUAGAAGUCGCACUCCUCCGUAUCUGAAACACUCUUCUAUUGAUAGUCAGACAUCUAUUGGAAUUUUGAAGCGACAUUUGGUUACCAUUUGUAACCGCUAACCGGAGAAUUCACCAGCAGUUAAAGGCUCAGUCGCACUCAAUAGCUCAUUCAAACUGAGAGCAUCAGAAAAUAUCUUCAUAUACGCGUGAAAUAUGGCAUCACCCUGGAGCUUCAUGAGAAGAAUUCAUUUCUUAAAACUUUAUGACUUGACUUGAGGUCAAAAUAAAAAUAAAUAUAUAGUCUGUGUGGUCUGGUUCUGAGGUGAAACCACAGAUUCAUCCAUGAGAGACUCAUUGCUGCUUUAUUUAUCUGGUGUCGGACAGCUACACAAGACAAGGGGACACUCUGGACAGGACUCCAGUCCAUCACCUCACAACUGUGUUUCACCCUUGACAAACAUUCACACGAUCUGCUGCAACUGUAAAAAUACACACCAGCAAACAGCAGAUUUUUAUUUUCAUUCAGACAUAUUUGGAGCGUUUGUUUCAUUGAAUGUUUGCUAGUAUUUUGUCUGUAUCUCGACAUCUAACUGCAACCUGUCGGGGGAAAGUUAAAGGUUGUUCAAACUGCUUAAGUUAUGAUUUAUUGGGAAUGAAACGCAUUCAAUAUAAAGAAAAAUAAUGCGAUUGUUUACUUUUAACUUGCUUCUCAAAUUUCUCAAAACAUGCCUUUUCCAUUUCGCAGUUCAUCCUGUCUCAUAAAAGUAACCUGUAACUGAACCAAUAUUUCUAUUUUAAUAAGCAAAAAGACUUGCUUAUUAAAACAUUGAAAUAAAGGUCAGCUGAAUGUGGAGAAAAGGAUCAGGAACCGCUUCAAACGCUCACAGCCUCUCAGACUUGGCAGUUGAAAGAAAUAAUCACCGCCCAUUUUCCUCGAAAUAAGAUGUCAAACGGCAAAAAAAAAAUCCAAGAAAUGUUGCGAACAUCCAGCUGGAGCAGAGUCAGGCGACUAAACCUGCUUAUGUGUGUACGUUUGUUUUCCCAGAAGCCAACAGAAGCCCAAAUUAAAUAUUAAUCAUCUUCUUGUAAUGCGUAGUUGUGCCUGUGACUCCCAGAUGUGAAGCAGUGUGUAGGCUAGAAACUGAGCUAUAAAAGAAGCAGCGAGAGACAAGCACUUUUUCUGUUUUCCUGGUUUUCAUUUCGCCUCCUGAAAACCACCAGGGUCUGAUUUAUCAGGGAGCGAUGGCGGCGAGGUUCGAUCCAGCGACUAUGUUUACAUGGACAGCAAGGUUUAGGCCCCAUUAACUGCUAACAUAUGACAUUUGAAGAUUUAAAUAAUCGUCUUUUCACUCAAAAAAAUAAUUUCAUUUUAUUUAGUGAAGGCACGUUUUAAUGUCCUCCAGACGAAGUUACUCUUUGAGAGUCAGAGUAAAUCCUGAGCUGACAUUUGUAUUUCCUUUGAGUCAGAUGAGUGAAAAAAAAAAAAAAUUUCUUUUUAUUUCAGGGUCAAAAAAACCCCAAAACUAUUACAAAUACAGUGGCACCUCGGUUCUCGACCACAAUCCGUUCCAGACAGCCGUUCGAGAAGCGAUUUGUUGGAAAUCUGAAUGGAUUUUUCCCUUUAGAAAUAAUGCGUUCCAGGCCUUAAAAUAGUCUUUUGUAGGAGUGAAUGUCGAGUGUCUGCUGCAGGUGGCUGUUCCUCUAUGUGUGUGGCCGCUGCAUGUGGGAGGGGUUGCCGAGUGAGUGAGGUCUCUCCAGAAGUGAAGAGGUGCCCGGUGCGUGUCCAGCUCUGAAUGUGCGCUUCUGUGCAGUUUGGCUGUGACAAAGUCAUAAACCAAGUCAGGCUCUGUCCCAGACUGGCCUCAUCCCUGUCCCAGCUCCAGCCCACAACAGGACAUCAAACCCUGGAGUGAGCGCUCCAGCACCUCCCCUGUGACACUCUACCACGGUCCAGUGUGGAGACAGGAAAGGUUUUACACCUCAAUAUGAAGAAAAAACAGUCAGUAAAUGUAGCUAACGGGACACGUCUGCAUACAGAGGCUGCGUUAUACACAAUAACAAAGCGCGUCGUGGGUCAGCUGAUCGGUCCGCACACGUUAUGUUUUUCUGGCGUUUUUGGGGGCGUUCAAGUUCUGGAUUUUCGUUCAAAAUCCGAAGCAAAAAAAUAUCAAAAUUUUUGUUCGAACUGCGAUUUGUUCAAAUUUCGGGACGUUCGAAAACCGAGGUACCACUGUAUAAUGGACUUUUAAAGGGCCCAUACAUUAAUUGAUUUUCUUUUUUUUCCUCAGGUAAUGGCUGAAUUAAUACAUACUAUUUUUUGGGGACAAUAGUGAGGCAAAUUAAUUAUAUUGUAUGUAUAUGCCACAUUUUUUUUACUUAUUUACCGCAAUAAAAUAAAAUAAAAAAGCUAGCAUAAAUGAAGGAAAAAAAACUUGACAUAUUAAUCCAUAUUUUAAUACAGUAAAAGAUCUUACACCAUUCAAAUCAUUAAAUACAAAAACAGAAUUUUGUUUUAUUGGCAACAAGUUGUAAUUUUAAAAAAUAAUUUUAUAUAAAUCAAAAGAGCUUCACAGCUGUUAUUAAUGAAGCGAAUGAUACAUAUUAUGGAUUAACAUGUUUUGUGUAUGUAACUUAUGUUUGGCCCAGACAAAAGAGAAAAAUAAAAAUAAUAGUCAUUGCUGUCCGUGUUGACAUACUCUUCCAGGAGUCAGGUUCCCUUCCUAGAUUUACUCUGCAUUGGCUCUUCAGGACUGGAACAGAACACUUGUGUGUAGUAAGGAAAGAAGUGAAGGAAGGAAGGAAGCGGUCGCCACUCAAACACACACACACGUGCGAGCGCACUUCGUCCAAACGUCGCCCGUCAACAGCUGCUCCGACUGGAUCCAGCAGAUCGACGUCACGGUUAGAUUCGGGAGUCGCACCAACGCUUGCUGAUGUACCUACGAGCUCAUACACUUUGUUGGAGUCUGCCUUCUGUGUCACAUGACCUUCAAGCCUUUCAAGUCACGGGGCUACAGAGCCGAAGCGCUUGGUGUGAUAGAUAGGAAACCACUGUUGUAGAUACCAUCCUCCAUGUUUAGGACACGUCGGCUGAAACGACUGUACAGUUUUCUUUAUGCAUUUUCUGUGUUCUGGUUUAUGAAGAAGUUGUUUUGUAAGAAAAAUAAAUAAAUAA